GCUUUACACAAAUGGAUAUUUGUACUCCAAAACUGGAUGACAACAAAGAUCCACAAGAACUGACAGUUCCACUUAAAAGUCCAACGACUUACAAGAUCGACAGCCCAGAGGCAGAAAACGUUUUACCUCAAUACUACAAAGUGAUGAUGAAGUGCCUUACACUGACAACAGGACAUAAAAUACAAGUUUUUAAGUUUAAUAAGGAGUUUUAUGAUUGGUUGACACAAGCGGUUUUACCCCAUUUGAAGGAUGAUAAGUGUUAUCCGGCAUUCGGAGGGGUUUUGAGAAUUGUCGAGACCAUGAGGCAAAAGGAUUUUGUACCAAAGAAUUCGACAGCAAACUUCAUUUUCUACAGACAAAGAGAUCUCGACAAACAUAUCCAAGAAACAAAAAAGAAUCAGACCGACACGGGGAGAAUAUUCCGGUUUCCCUACUUUCCACUUAUUGUCGUAACCUGGGUUAUUUUUAUUCUGAUCCUUUGUAUUUUUCUAAUGUGGAGAUCAGGGCGGUGCUUUUGUAGGUGCUGUGGAUGUGGGAAAGAGUAUGACUCUGACAGCAGUUCUACAGAGGUGUUUUAUUAUCCAAUUGAAGAAACUCCCUCUAUAUCUCUUGACCUGGAUGGAGUAAGUUCUAAUCAUACAAGUCUAGAAACAGAGCCAAGUUCAAAAGCUAGUGGAGGAGAUCAUCCUUAUAGACCAGGAUACGAGACUCAAGUUUAUACAAUGACUUACGAGCAGCAACAAAUGUUAACUGGUGUGCCACUGAAAAGACAAUGUUCAAGUGAAAACUCUCUUUGUAGUAGCCGUGAACUAAAAUCUCCUGGAAAACGCCACAAGAUUUGGUCUGGGAUUUAUAAAUAA